GAGCUUGUAUAGAUGAAUAAUUAAGCACUACUGAUACCGAUUGUGACUUUGAAGGUUAAUUGUUCAACCCUCCUAGUGAAGGAGACAUUGGAUCAUAUGGGUAGAAAGGAUGGAAUGUUCAGAUAUGCUGAUGGGGUGGACAAGUUGUUGAUGUUUUUCGGGACUUUGGGUUGCAUUGGAGAUGGGUUGCAGGUCCCCCUCACGAUGUACGCCCUUAGUUAUGUGAUCAAUGAUUAUGGCAGCAUCGGUACCAAGGUGCCUAUUCAUGUUGUAAACAAGUAUGCACUCAAACUGCUCUAUGUUGCGAUUGGAGUUGGAUUAUCUGCUUUUGUUGAAGGACUUUGUUGGGCAAGAACUUCUGAAAGACAGACUUCUCGAAUGAGAAUGGAAUACCUGAAAGCAAUCCUUAGACAAGAAGUUGGUUUCUUCGACACACAAGCAGCUGAAUCUUCAAUAACUUACCAAGUUGUUUCAACCAUCUCCUCCGAUUCCAAUUCAAUCCAAAUCGCCAUAGGAGAGAAGAUACCCAACUGUUUGACUAUGCUGUCAUCCUUCUUCUUUUGCAUGAUAUUUGCCUUUGUUCUGUCAUGGAAGAUUACAUUGACAUCUAUACCGUUCACCAUCGUGUUCAUUGCCCCAGUACUUGGAUUUGGGAAGCUCAUGAUGGAUGUGGGGUCGAAGAUGGUUGAAUCUUACGGGGUUGCUGGUGGGAUUGUAGAACAAGCAAUUUCUUCAAUAAGAACUGUAUAUUCAUUUGUUGGAGAGCAUCAGACGCUCAAUAGGUUCAGCCACGCACUUCAAAAAACCAUGGAAUUGGGAAUAAAGCAAGGUUUGGCAAGGGGAUUGAUGAUGGGAAGCAUGGGAAUUAUCUAUGUUAGAGGGGCUUUUCAGGCUUGGUUUGGGUCUAUUCUGGUUACUGAACAGGGGGAAAGGGGCGGCGACGUUUUUGUAGCUGGAUUCAAUGUCUUCAUGGGAGGAGUGAAUAUUUUGACUGCACUGCCCAAUCUCACCUUCAUCACAGAGGCAAAGGUGGUUGCUACUAGGAUUACGGAGAUCAUUGAUCGGCUUCCAGCCAUAGACAUUGAAGAGAAGAAGGGGAAGGCUCUAUCAUAUGUGAGAGGAGAAAUUGAAUUCAAUGAAGUAUAUUUUAGUUACCCAUCAAGGCCUGAUACACCAAUUCUACAAGGCUUUAAUCUAAGAGUCCCAGCUGGCGAAACUGUAGGUCUUGUCGGAGGCAGUGGCUCUGGCAAGUCCACUAUUGUUUCAUUGCUUCAAAGAUUUUAUGAUCCUACUGAAGGUGAAAUUGUCUUGGAUGGGUACAAGAUAAAUAAACUUCAUCUCAAGUGGUUGAGAUCACAAAUGGGACUGGUUAAUCAAGAACCAGUCCUCUUUGCAACAUCCAUUAAAGAGAAUAUACUAUUUGGGAAGGAAGGAGCACCAAUGGAAGAUUUAGAAGAAGCAGCAAAGGCUGCAAAUGCUCAUGACUUCAUUUCUAAGUUACCGGAUGGGUAUGAAACUCAAGUUGGGCAAUUUGGGAUUCAAUUGUCUGGAGGACAAAAACAACGAAUAGCCAUUGCGAGGGCUUUAAUAAGAGAUCCUAAAAUCUUGCUGCUUGAUGAAGCUACAAGUGCCCUGGAUGCAACAUCUGAAAGAACUAUACAGGAGGCCAUUGAUCAGGCAUCCGUGGGAAGGACAACAAUUGUCAUUGCCCACCGCCUCAGCACAAUAAGAAUGGCUAAUCUAAUUGUGGUUCUUCAAUCAGGGAAAGUACUCGAAUCGGGUUCACACGAUGAGCUGAUGCAAAUGAAUAGUGGACAGGGUGGAGAAUACUUUCAAAUGGUGCAGUUGCAGCAAUCAACAAUGCUAAAUGAAGCCUCUAUUGAUUCUGAUUAUCCAGUAGAUGUUCCGCAGAGCCAAAAUAUUAGAAGCCACCACAACAUGGGUAGUCCACUGAGCCCAAUGAGUGUGAGAUCAACUGAUGGAAGAAAUCACCAUACGAGUUUCCCACCAAGCCCAAUGAGUGUGAGAUCAAAUGCACCAAGCACCCCAAGGAUGCAUCCAUUUAGCCUGGUUUAUACCAUGAGCCCGCCUCACUCUGUCGAUUUUGAAGCCUCUUAUGAAAGUGAUGAUGAGAAUUUGAAGCAACUAACUUCUACUACUCCUUCGCAGUGGCGUUUGCUAAAAAUGAAUGCACCUGAGUGGGGAAGAGCCUUGCUUGGAUGCAUAGGCGCGAUGGGAUCCGGAGCUGUUCAGCCCAUAAAUUCCUACUGUGUGGGAGCACUUAUAUCAGUUUACUUCAAAAAUGACAAAUCCUCCAUUAAAUCCGAUGCCAGAUUCUAUUCUCUAGUUUUCUUAGGUGUUGGAGUAUUCAACUUCAUUACCAGUCUCCUCCAACACUACAAUUUUGCAAUCAUGGGAGAAAAAUUAACCAAAAGAGUAAGGGAGAAACUUCUUGAAAAGCUAAUGACUUUUGAGAUUGGAUGGUUUGAUCAAGAUGAGAACAUGAGUGCAGCCAUUUGUGCAAGGUUAUCAACUGAAGCUAACAUGGUUCAAUCCCUUGUUGGGGACCGUAUCUCACUAUUGGCUCAAGCAUUCUUCAGUGCUACCUUUGCUUACGCACUAGGUCUUGCACUCACGUGGAGGCUAGCCAUUGUACUGAUCGCGGCCCAACCAUUACUCAUUGGGAGUUUUUACUCCAAGAGUUUCUUGUUCAAGGGCAUGUCUGAAAAAAUCCAAAAAGCACAAAAGGAAGGAAGCCAACUAGCAAGUGAAACUGUCAUUAACCACAGAACUAUAACUGCCUUCUCUUCUCAGAAGAGAAUAUUAAAGCUCUUUCGAGCCACUUUGGAAAUGCCUAGGAAGGAAAGUAUUAAACAGUCCUGGUAUUCAGGUAUUGGCAUGUUUAGCUCCCAAUUUUUGGCUGCAGCUUCAACAGCUUUGGCAUACUGGUAUGGAGGAAGGCUAUUGACAAAAGGGUUAACAACUCCAGAACACCUCUUUCAAACAUUCUUUUUACUGCUCUUUACAGCUUAUACCAUUGCCGACGCUGGAAGCAUGACCAAAGAUUUAUCUAGAGGAAGAAAUGCCGUCAGUUCAAUAUUUUCUAUACUAGAUAGGAAUACUGAAAUCGAUCCAGAUAACUCAAGGGGGUUUGAUGCUACUAAAAUCUCGAUUAAAGGCAGAGUGGAGCUGAAAAAUGUCGUCUUUGCAUAUCCAUCAAGACCUAAUCAGUUGAUCUUUAGGGGUCUGAGCCUUAAGAUUGCAGCAGGAAGUUCUGUAGCACUAGUGGGGCAGAGUGGUUCUGGCAAAUCUACAGUUAUUGGUCUUAUAGAAAGAUUUUAUGACCCAUUGAAGGGAUCUGUACAUAUAGAUGAAAGGGACAUAAAGGAGUAUCAUUUGAGAUCCCUGAGGACACAAAUUGCAUUAGUCAGUCAGGAGCCAACCCUCUUCGCAGGAACUAUCCACGAAAACAUUGCCUAUGGGAAAAAUGAUGCCAAGGAAUCUGAGAUAACAGAGGCUGCAAUGCUUGCCAAUGCACACGAAUUUAUAAGUGGAAUGAAAGAUGGGUAUGAUACUUACUGCGGAGAAAGAGGGGUUCAGUUAUCAGGAGGUCAGAAACAGAGAAUAGCACUAGCUCGUGCGAUACUGAAGAACCCAUCAAUCCUUCUAUUGGAUGAGGCAACCAGUGCACUUGAUAGUGCAUCAGAGAACCUGGUUCAAGAAGCACUUGAGAAGAUGAUGAAUGGUCGGACAUGUAUUGUUGUAGCUCACAGACUAUCCACAAUUCAGAAUUCCAACUCUAUUGUGGUGAUCAAGGAUGGAAAAGUUGUGGAACAGGGCUCACAUUCUGAUCUACUUUCCUUAGGCCGAAAUGGAGUAUACUAUUCUCUUGUAAACCCAUAAGCCAACAAACUCUCCUUAUCUGUCAAGUGUAGAAAGUAGAAUUAAUUGAUUGGUCCUCAUCUGGGCUCUUGGGCUUAGGAGUUGGCUUGCGUGGUCAACCGCUAGUCCGGAGUUCGAGGAUUGGUAAAUAGAAAAUUGAGAAAAAUUGUUGUUGUUGUUACAUAAUACAUGUAAUUUGUCUCGAAAGAAAUGAACGAAGCCGUUAUAGUUAUAGUUACAUUAGAAAUUAAUGACUAAACUUUUUACUU